GGGUGAGGUGGGCGUUUCCGUGUUUGUCCUACACUCAUACAAGGACUGAGUAACGAGAGGGCGAUCAAUCACCAUCCGUCAACAUUGGCAAUCAUCUAUCCCGAGUGCGGCACCUGAAGCUAAACUAACCCGCGCUUACUGCUGGAGAUGGGCUUCUAUGUGUUCCGCCAGUAGGCCUGCCUCAACGGUGGGACCAUCGCAACGCGUCCAGGCCUCAGGAUCCGCCUGGUCGGCCGUUCUCCUCGGGACCCGUUCCCCGCUCCUCGGGUCACAUCCCCCGCUCCUCGGGACCCAGUCUGUGCUCCUCGAGACCCAUUCCCAUUGCUCGGGACCCGUUCCCCGCUCCUCGGACACGUUCCCCGCUCCUCGGGACCCUGUCCGCUCACUUCCAGGACCCGGCACCCGGCACCCGGUCCACUCUUCUUGGGACCCGGUCCGCUCACCUCCCCGGCCGCUACGCAGCUAAACUUCGUGUGGAUGUUUAGUGACUCUGGAUCUUUGUGGUUUGGUUGCAAAGGGAAAUAAAAACAUUCAAAAAUCGGACGCAAGGAACUCUCAGGACCUCCACUCCCGGGCCCAUCGAGCCUCUGACCCGCAGCUUGUGCUCCGGUCCCGGUCCCUGUCCCAGUGCGAGAAUGAUGUCAUACCUCAAACAGGCACCUUACGGCAUGAACGGCCUGGGGCUCAGCGGGGCGGCCAUGGACCUGCUGCACCCGUCCGUCGGCUAUCCCGGGAACCCGAGGAAGCAGCGGCGGGAGCGGACCACCUUCACUCGCACGCAGCUCGACAUCCUGGAGUCGCUGUUCGGGAAGACGCGCUACCCGGACAUCUUCAUGAGGGAGGAGGUGGCGCUGAAGAUCAACUUGCCCGAGUCCCGUGUACAGGUGUGGUUUAAGAACCGCAGGGCCAAGUGCCGGCAGCAGCAGCAGCAGAGCGGCAGCGCCAAGGCGCGGCCCUUGAAGAAGAAGUCCUCCCCAGCGCGGGACAGCACGGGCUCGGAGAGCAGUGGCCAGUUCACCCCUCCGGCCGUCUCCUCCUCCUCCUCCUCCUCCUCCUCCGGCCACGCCCCCAAUGCCUCCGGCGCCACCGGCCUGGCCUCCGCCUCCGUGGCCACCCCGGUGUCGUCCAUCUGGAGCCCCGCCCCCAUCUCCCCGGCCCCGGCCCCGCCCGCCCUGUCCGAUGCCGCCGGCCCCCCCACCUCCUGCAUGCAGCGCUCAGGCCCAGCCCCCACCUCGGGCGGAGUUUCCGCCCCCUCCUACCCCGCGUCCUACGGCCAGAGCGGCACGGCGGCGGCGUACGGCCAGGGCUACUCCGCUGCCGCCGCCGGGCCCACCUCCUACUUCGGGGGGGUUGAGUGUGGCUCCUACCUGGCGCCAAUGCACCACCACCCCCACCAGCACCCCACCCACCACCCCGCGCACCAGCUCAGCCCCCUGGCCAGCGCCUCCAUGUCCGGCCACGCCCAUCACAUCACACACGCCUCAGGGCACCCGCACCACCACCACCCCCACCACCACCACCCGCAUCACCCGUCCCCCCACCACCCGCACCACCCGCACCACCACCAGGGCUACAGCGGGCCUGGCCUCGCCUUCAACUCCACAGACUGUCUGGACUACAAGGAGCCCGGCACGGCCGCCUGGAAGCUGAGUUUCAACAACACGGCAGACUGCCUGGACUACAAGGACCAGGCCUCCUGGCGCUUCCAGGUCUUGUGACCGCUGCCCCUGCUUCCGCUUUCAAAGAAGUAUUCCUUUUUUUUGGUUGCUGUCUCUUUUCAUGUUGGAAGAUAUUUUAAAGCAAUAGUAGAGACGUUGAGGUGUUUUAGGUUGGUGUGUUGAGGCCCAGGUGUAGGCCCAAGGGUGUCUUUUUCAGCGGGGGACAUCGGAUACCGGGAGAUCCACCUCCGCCAGGAUUAUUUUUCUACUCAGAGACUCGUCAAGAAAAUGAACGAUCCACAGUUUUUAAAGCCUUUACCGUAUUCACUCGUCAAAGCACCGGAGAACACUUGAUAUUUUGGAAUUAGGAUUCUAUCGGAAAACGUGGGACAUUUGAGGGGUUCUUUCUCACAGAAAAAUCGUUCCCUACAGAAACUAUAGAAAUAAUCUGUUAAAAAACAUUGAUGCUGCUAUAAUUUUCAGUUUGCUAAUAUUCAUUUAUAUCUAAUUCAACUUGAAACUUUUUCAGAAAUUCCUUUUCCAGCCUAAGGUGUUGUAUUUUGGAGAUUGAAUUGCAGCACUUGUUUAUAAGGACAAAGAUUUUGCUAAUGAUCUUAAUGAAAAAAUGUGAACUAGACACAAGAUGUCAGUAUUCCAUGAUACAUUAAAAUGUACAUUUGUGUCUUUUUAAUAAAAUGUUGUUAA